CUCAUGACUGAAACCCAGAUCACCUUUCGCGGUCAAACCCGCAUGCCGAUUAAGGCAACCAAAGAGGAGGAAGACGCCAAAAAGUCCUACAAACGCGGUCUCCUGAUAGCCUUUAUUAUUCUUACAAUCAUUGCUGUCGCCUGUCUUGCUGCUGGUAUCGCAUUGGUCGCGGUUUUCCAGGAAACCAUCCGGUAA